GGUUCUAGCCGAUCAUGUGACAAUCCAAGAUGGCGUUGCCCGGCGAGGCGGAGGAAGAGGCGACAGUUUACCUGGUAGUGAGCGGUAUCCCCUCUGGGUUGCGCUCGGCCCAGCUACGGAGCUAUUUUAGCCAGUUCCGGGAACAGCCGGGCGGUGGCUUCCUCUGUUUCCAUUACCGGCAUCGGCCGGAGCGGGCCCAUCCCCAGGCCACUCCCGACUCUGUCCCCACUUCUGCCAAUCCUGUUGCUGAGGGUCAGGUUCUCUCCCAGACUGCGGCCACCGAUGCCCGAAGUUUCUCCACUCGGAACACUGCUCCCGCUCAGACCCGCACCUGCUGCUGCGUCAUCUCUGUUCGGGGGUUGGCUAAAGCCCAGAGGUUUCUUCGCAUGUACUCAGGACGCCGGUGGCUGGAUUCUCUAGGAACCUGGCUCCCGGGUCGCUGUGUCAUCCACCGACUUAGGCUACCCACUGAGGCAUCAGGUUUGGGCUCUUUUCCAUUUAAGACCCGGAAGGAACUACAGAAUCGGAAGGCCAAGAAUGAAGUCUUCACCCUGGCUGACCUGAGGCAGCUGCCAGAACUGAACCCACCAGUGCUGAUGCCUAAUGGGAAUGUGGGGACUCCCCUACGGGUCUUUUUGGAGUUGAUUCGGGCCUGCCGCCUACCACCCCGAAUCAUCACCCAGCUGCAGCUCCAGUUCCCUAAGACGGGGUCCUCUCGCCGCUACGGCAAUGUGCCCUUUGAGUAUGAGGACUCAGAGACUGUGGAACAAGAAGAGCAUGUGUACACAGCCGAGGGCGAGGAAAUACCCCAGGGAACCUGCCUGGCAGAUACACCAGCUGGUCCUUAUGAAGAUCUAGAGGAUGAAAGGGAAAAGGAGGAAGAAGAGUCUCACUCAGAUGAUGAUGAUGACCGGGGUGAGGAAUGGGAGCGACAUGAAGCACUGCAUGAAGAUGUGACCAGGCAGGAGCGGACCACUGAACGGCUCUUUGAGGAGGAGAUUGAGCUUAAGUGGGAGAAGGGUGGCUCUGGCCUAGUAUUCUACACUGAUGCCCAGUUCUGGCAGGAGGAAGAAGGAGACUUUGAUGAACAGACAGCUGAUGACUGGGAUGUGGACAUGAGUGUGUACUACGACAAAGAUGGUGGAGACAAGGAUGCCCGAGACUCUGUCCAAAUGCGGCUAGAACAGAGACUCCGUGAUGGCCAGGAACAUGGCUCUGUGAUUGAACACCAGGUGGGCACCUUUGAGCGCCACACCAAGGGCAUUGGCCGGAGAGUGAUGGAGCGGCAGGGCUGGGCUGAGGGCCAGGGUCUGGGCAGCAGUUGCUCAGGAGUACCUGAGGCCUUGGAUGGUGAUGGCCAGCAUCCCAGAUGUAAGCGUGGAUUGGGGUACCAUGGAGAGAAGCUUCAGCCAUUUGGACAACCAAAGAGGCCCCGUGGAACUGGCUUGGGGCUCAUCUCCACCAUAUAUGAUGAGCCUCUACCCCAGGACCAGAGGGAGUCACUGCUCCGACGUCAGCCACCCACCAGCAUGAAGUUUCGGACAGACAUGGCCUUUGUGAGGGGUUCCACUUGUGCCUUGGACACCCCCUCAGAGCCUAAGUGAGGGUUGGAGGCUUCCUUGCAGGAUGACAGCCCUCUGCCUGGGCCUUGUUUACUACCGAAGCAGAAAGGAGUCUGGAAGCAGCAAACCCUGGCUGCUUGUCCGUUCUCUACCUCAGGGCUUUUUACAGCCCCCAAUCCUUGGAUAUUAGGGCUUAAGGACCUUUCCUCAUUCGUCUCCUACCCUUAGUCCCUGUUUGGGCUUGCGCAGUACCUUGAGCUGGACUGCCCGAGACCAUUAGCACAAUCUUCACUGGGGGUCUGAAGGAAGCCCCAUGGAGGUCAGAGAGAGGGCGAAAGGAGAGGAUUUGUGGUCCCUGGAAGAGAAGGUUUUUGGACAGACCAUCCACCGCCUCUGCCCCCACUGGCUGGGACCCAGCUACGGGGAGUCCGCCUGAGGUGGCCCGGGCCUGCGACGUAAUGGGAGAAUAAAAAGGUUUACGACCGGA